AUGGCACCCUGCGGUACCCCCCCGCGCCUGCUCACACUGGUGGUCGCGUGGGUGGCGGCCGUGGCGCUUCUGUCGCCGGCGAUGGUGCGAGCCGGCAUCAACCGGGAAACCGUCAUCGACGCCUCGCAAUUGGCGGUGCUACGCGCGCUGUCCAAGGAGUGGCGGCCCGGGUUCAACUACUCGCGCGCGUGGGCGUCGAAGCAGCCGCCCAAGCGCUGCAUGGCGUACCCCGGGAUCAUCUGCAACGACAAGGGUAUCAUCAUCGGACUGAACGUGAGCAACACCAACAUCAACGGCACCAUCAAGGGAGUCAGCGCCCUCACCGCGCUCGCCUUGCUAGACAUGAGCAAUAACCCGAUCAAGGACGUGGCUCCCCUCGCGCCUCUCACCAACCUCGUCUACCUCAAUCUAGAGGCAUUGGGCAUCAAAGCGGCACCCAACGCACUCGGCAACCUGGGCUUGCUCAAGCACCUGGACCUUGGGUUCAACGACUUUAGCGGAUCUCUCCCUCCUGGCUUCGGCAACCUGAAGAACCUCAAGAAGCUAGUGUUAUCGCAUGGUGGUGAUGCUCUGGGCGGCAAACUGCCGCCCUCCUUCUCCUCUCUCACCAACCUGCGGGAACUGUACAUGAACGACAAUGCCUUCGGGGGCAGCAUUCCUGCAUACAUCGGAAGCUUCCUCUCCCUUUCCUACCUCCGUCUAAGCAACAACAUGUUUUCGGGCAACAUCCCCAAGGAGCUCUCGCGCCUCAAGAGCCUGCAGUUCCUGGGGUUGCGCUACAACUGGCUGACAGGGUCCAUCCCCGCAGCCCUCGCCUCCCUCCCCCAACUCACCUACCUCAAUGUGCGCUCCAACUACCUGAGCGGCACCAUCCCGCCGCGCUACCUGCUCCUGCCAUACCACAGCCUGUCCUCGAAUUACUUCGUGGGGGAGGUGUCGUACAAGGCCAAAAACGGCACUUCCAUCUGUCCUGCUGAGUCCGACGUGGACAACAACUGCCUUAGCCUCAAGUGGUGGGACAAGAAGGCGUGUGGAAAGAAGCCCCCACAGCGCAGCACAGAAUUCUGCUGGACCUUCUGCCGGGCGGCGAGCCGCCUGGGCACGUGCGGGCGGCGGGGCGCGUGUGUGCCGGCCAGCCUGCGCAAGAACGACAGCGCGGUGGUGUAUGCUGCAUGCCAGUGCCAGAAGGGCGCUGCUGCCACGGCCGACAACCAGUACUGCGUGAAAGUCACGAAUAAGUUGGUGCGCAAGCCGUGUCCGCCCAACCCCAAGUGCCCCCCCAGCAGCAUCUGCCAGCCCAACUUCCUCUCCCCUCUCGGCUACCGCUGUGCCUGCACCAAGGGUUACCGCCCUGUGGCAGAAAAUUACUGGACCGUUACAAAGUGUGUGGCUAUUGAGGUAUAG